AUGUCUACCUCCCGGUACAUCCCUCACUCCAACAAACCGCCCUCCGACUUGGGGGUAGUCCAAGAAGACAUCCAAGAUGCAUUAGCCUCACACGUGAGACGUGUCCACAGGCAUACGGCUGCUCGCAAUGGUGUAUAUAUUGGGUCCGCCGGUGUCUACGUUAUGGACAAGAGCGUGGCGGGAUUCAUCCCAUCAGACCUGCCAACGUCGUCCAUUACUCUUCUGAUGUCCAAGCAAUUGUCAAUUCCACCCUCGGGCUCUCGGGCCUCGUUUUUGGAGACCAGCGUCGGCCCAGCAACCCUCAUCCUCAAGGAGAGGAUUUGGGUGGGCUCUGAUGCGCGCAGCGCUAGCGUCAGCAAGUCCGAUCUGCAGAAGCUCGAGGAGUUCUGGCAACCCUGCGCUCAGCUGCUUGAGUCGGCCAUACAAGUUUCGGUCAGCGAGGAGAUUGACGAUGAUGGCUGCGAAGUCCUCUAUGGACGCGCAGGGCUACUAUAUGCCCUACUCUUGCUUCGCACAGCACUCGCGUCUCUUCGCGACGGAGGCAUGUCUAUCAGCCAGACAGAGGACCCAGCCGUUCGUGCAGUUACAUCGCUCUGCUCCGAUGCGAACGUGCAAGCACUUGUGGACGAUAUCAUGAAGCGCGGAAAAAUCGGGGCUCGCGAGUAUCAGGAAGAACUCGCCAGUCUUCGAGAUGAGCGUGACAAAGUCCCUCCCCUCAUGUGGAGAUGGCAUGUAUCUCGCUACCUUGGCGGGGCGCAUGGUGUUGUCGGCAUCCUACACAUGCUCGUCAUGGCGCCAUCAAACAUAACCACAACUUACUGGCCAGAUAUCGUCGGAAUGGUAGAAUGGCUGCUCGCCAUCCAGGAGCCACUUGGCAACUGGCCGUCGAAGGCCGGAAGACAUCUGUACUACGUCGCCGGCGGUACGGCGACAAGUCAAGAGGCGAAGCGUGUGAGUGUCGGGAAGGAUAACCAGCACGAACUAUUGCAAUGGUGCCAUGGCGCCCCUGGGGUGCUGAUCCUCCUGUCCGCGUUCCUCAACCGAACCGCACAGUCCUCUUCCCUCACCAUCACAUCGUCCCUCCGCGAUCGGACCAUUGCGGCAAUGCAGCGCGGGGGAGAACUCGUUUACACCCACGGGCUUCUCCGUAAGGGCGUCGGACUCUGUCACGGCGUCGCCGGCAGCGUUUAUGCCCUCCUCGCUGUCUCAGACGCGCUCGACUCAAGAGAGAACACUUACUGGCUCUUGCGCGCGGUGCACCUUGCUCACCUGGCUACGGAGUACGGAGCGCUCGAGAGGAAGGGCGAGACGCGCGUGCCCGACGAGCCGUACAGCCUGUAUGAGGGCAUCGCAGGCAUGUGCUGCGCAUGGGCAGAGGUGCUGGUGAGGCUCGGUGUGCCGAGCCGGGGAGUUGAGAAGAGGAAGUCGGGCAUGCCGGGUUACGACGACUUGUGA